AUGGCUGAAAAUUUGCGCAAGUUCUCUGUGAGAGCCAAAUUACUAUAUACCAACGCUAGAGGCAGAACUAUUACCUCCUUGAUUGGAACUCUUGGACUAGCAUACUUUUACUAUUCUCGGGAAAGAAAGGCCCAGAUUUCUCAUGACGCCGAUCUCGCAAAAGAAUUUUGUCCUGAUUUUGUACGUGCUUUUAUUAAAUGUGAUCAGAAACACCACAGCGACUGCAGAAAUGAAAUGCUGAGACUUCACGAUUGCGUACAUCGCUUCAAGACAGACAACCAAAUGGACUUUGGUAGACUUUAA